AUGUCUGCCAAUGGCGACGCCAAGCGACGCAGAACUCUGGAGAAGACCCACUUGCAGCUCCGUACUGCGGUGACGUCUGAGCAAGGCAAACGACCUGCACAAGAAGAUCGGUAUGUGUUGAUUCCAGACCUGGCUGCACUUGCUGGCGGAUGGUCGCACUUGCCCGAGCCCUGCAGUUUGUUUGGAGUCUUUGAUGGGCACAUGGGGGCCACAUGCUCUGAGUUUAUGGCUAGACGUUUGCCAGAGAAGCUCUUGGAACAGCUCAGUAAUUCACAGCAGCUGGAAAAGAUCACUACCCUGAUGGAGGAACUCUUCAAGGAGUUGGACGAUGACUUCCUUACCGAGCAUGACUGCCCUGAUGGCUCCACUGCUAUCAUCGCCCUAGUUUUGGGGACGGACCUCUUUAUCGCAAACCUAGGUGAUAGCAGCGGCGUGCUGUGCGGCGAAAAGGCCACGACGCCUUUCAUUUUUCCCCAUAAGCCUGGGGCUGCCAUGGAAAAGAAGCGGAUCAGCGAAGCAGGUGGCCACGUGCUCGACUUGGGUGGCACUUUGCGCGUUGUGCAUCCUGACUUCCAAGAACGCAUUGCGGAGCUUCGUGCUCAAAGUGCUGCUGGAAUUGCCGGAGACUGGCCACAAGCACUGUCUCUCAGUCGGGCUUUUGGGGACCGAGACUUCAAGAACCUUUACGAUGGGUUUCAACGUGUUGAUUUGGUCAGCUGCUGUGCCGACGUCGUGCACGUGCAGCUGGAGACACAGCACAAAGCCUUGGUCUUGGUUUCAGAUGGUGUUACGGACGUGCUCUCGCUCGAGGAGGUGUCACGGCAAGUGAUGCGUCUCAGUGACCCAGCUGCUGCCAGCAAGGCUGUUUGCAAUGAAAGCUUCCGUCGGUGCACCACAGACAAUGUGACUGCACUUCGUCAUGCAGUCGAGCAGCAACAACCUAGUGGUUUGCGGGAAGCGCUGGCCGAGGCUGUUGCUGCUGGCAGUGGUUGGGAAUUGAUUGAGUGGGCUCACGACAAGUGCCGCGAGUUGGAGCAUGAAGCUUGGAAGGAAAAGAUGCAACAAGCAGCCAUGGCUGCUUUGCACAAGGUGCAGGAGCAACCUCGGGCCUCUGCUGAGGCCCUGUCAGACGCAUGUGAGCAAGCUUGGCAGGCCGGUGUGCCAGAAAAGGCAUUGGAAUUGGCGCGUGAGGAGGGGCAAUGCUGA